AUCACAGAACUCAGCCUUGGCUCGUGACGUUAGUUGUCUUGCGUUGAGAAACUGUGUGCAGGAAACGCCAGCCAUAGAAGAGAUCACGCUUUUUAACACCGUGGCACGGUACAAACAACGGAAAAUGUGCAACGCGUUAUAUUAUUAAUGUUCGGAAACGGCCGCUCUCUUCGGAUUCUUACCAGGACCUUCGGAGACGACCCUCGAAAGCGUUUCCGCCGAGGGAUUUGACAACUCCCACCCUCGAAAGAGCUGCCUUUCUGCGGUCUGAAAACAUCGGGUCGGCCAGCGGGUGGGUAGAGGAUUCGUGGAGAGGGGCUGUCUGUUUUCCGAAGCCAUGAGGGAGUAUAAAGUGGUCGUGUUGGGCUCGGGCGGCGUGGGUAAAUCUGCAUUGACUGUCCAGUUUGUGACGGGAUCCUUCAUUGAGAAAUACGACCCCACAAUAGAGGAUUUUUACCGAAAGGAGAUCGAGGUGGACUCGUCUCCCUCUGUGCUGGAGAUACUGGACACGGCGGGGACCGAACAGUUCGCCUCCAUGCGAGACCUGUACAUCAAAAACGGGCAGGGGUUUAUUUUGGUCUACAGUCUGGUCAACCAGCAGAGCUUCCAAGACAUCAAGGCGUUGAGGGAUCAAAUCAUCCGAGUGAAAAGAUACGAGCGAGUGCCCAUGGUAUUGGUUGGAAAUAAAGUGGACUUGGAAGGCGAGAGAGAGGUCUCUUCCGGGGAAGGCAAGGUGCUGGCUCAGGAGUGGAAUUGCCCGUUUAUGGAAACUUCUGCCAAAAAUAAAGGCUUGGUCGACGAACUGUUCGCAGAAAUCGUGAGACAGAUGAACUAUUCCUCUUUACCCAGCGGUGGAGAUCGCUGUUGUUCUUGUGUUCUUUUCUAAGAAAACAUCUUUAAGUUUGCAACUGUGAUUGUUAUCUAGCUAAGUAAAACUCAUUUUAAAAAACAAGGCCUGUUUUGAUAACCUGUUGAUAACAAAAUUAUACGGCCUCUUUUUGAUAAUGCGACCGUCAGUAUUAUUGGAAAGUUAUUUGCACACAACAAUCGAUGAUGACGACAAUUUAUAUUGAAAUAGCCUAAAAAGUGUUUACAUGACAAAGUACUUGAAUGUUUGAGAUUUAAAAAAAAAAAUAUCACACAGCUUUGUAAUUGACACUUUUUCUGGAAACGUGCCUAACUGGGAAUGUCUUAUUGUAAAAACCUAAGAGACGCUUUUUGUUCUGGAACUUUGGUGGGGUUUGAUUACUGUUGAGUUGUACUUUUUCAUGGUUUCUGGGCGGGUCCUUCUGGCCUGGAGAGGGAUUAGAGGAUUAGUCCCUUUGGUGAACAGGGAUUGGUCACUUUUUGUGUGGAUUCUGAUGGGCUCAAGGACCCCCCCCUUCCUCCUCCUCCAUGCAAAAGCUCAUGUUUGGAUUUUUAGUGUCAAAUAAACCCCAAACUCUGUGAAUAUGCACUGGUCACUGGAACUAGUUUAAACCUGAGCAACUAAUUUAAAAUGACUAAACAUAACACACAGUCUAAACAUCAAGAAAUUGUGUUUUACCUGCAGACAAAAAGUCCUACCAAGAUGUGUUGUCAGGCCAUGGAGUGUUGUGGGUUGCUGUUCUUUGUGUUUUUCUUCAGGAUUUGGUAAUGUUGGAUUUAACUUCCCCUGCCCAUCUCACUCUUCAAUGUGCACAAACAAGGUCCUUACUGAUGUGACAUGGGGGGGGGCAGGACCCCAUGUCAAGUGCCUUCCUAAGAAAUACACCUGUGUCUGUAUGUGCCAACCAAGGAGCCCUACAAUCACAACAGUACUUUACCGUUUCAUUUGUUCCGUUUGAUUUCUAUCACUUUUUGACCUCACUCUUUUUUGAUUAGAACUCAACUUUACGUGCACAUUUGCCCAUGGAAGAGGUGGUCAGAAAGUGACAUUUUGGAACUGAAAGCCAAAAGAUUCAGGAGAUAGAGGUGCUCAAAGUUGACCCAAUUUUUGAGACAUAAUUUCUUCAUCACUGGGAAAUACAAAUGGUUGAGUUUGAUGUAAUUUAAAAGCUUAACAGGCUUGUCAAACUAUUUUUAAAAAACAAAACAUUUUAUGGUGCCCGCCAUCAGUUGAG